GGCAGGCGCUCUCGGGUGAGGGUCAGGGUGUGCGGGUUUGCUAGAAGUUGUUCCCGGCCGGGGCUAGAGUUUCCCCGCGGGGACAGCGGUGUGGCCUCCGGGCCAUUCCCUACCGCCCACCGUGACAUCUAACCCUCCCUGUGCUGUAGUGAAGAGCUUCAGUCUGAUCCGCGCGCUCCCUUGGCGGGGACUGCUUCCAACUGAGUAAGAGACUGAAGCUGAAGCAUACGAAAAGAAAUGCAGCCUGAAAGUGCCAAGGAGUGACUGUUUUCGCGGAGAACCGGGAUUGGAAAGAGGGAGACGUUUGCAUCGGAGAGGAGGUUGCAUUGUUGGAAGAGGACCAUGUCAUUGGACUUUGGCAGUGUGGCCCUACAAACACAAAACGAAGAUGAAGAAUAUGACAAAGAAGACUAUGAAAGGGAGAAAGAGUUGCAGCAGCUGCUCACAGACCUUCCUCACGACAUGCUGGAUGACGACCUCUCCUCCCCCGAGCCCCAGGACUCGGACUGCAGUGAGGACGACCCGGCGGGACGACCACACCCUUCUGAGCAGUUGGAGAUGCACUGGAAUACGCACCGAGUGCUGCCCAGAUCUCCAAGUGCAAAUGGUUAUGUAGGAGAGACGUGUGGCCAUGGCUGGGAAGAAAAUCAAAGUCAAGCUAAAGACCGACAUCCUGGGUACCGCCCGGAGGAAGGUGGUGAUGAAGGCGGAAGUGGUUAUAGUCCCCCAGGCAAAUGUGAACAGACCGAUUUGUAUCACCUGCCGGAGAACUUCAGGCCAUAUACGAAUGGUCAGAAGCAGGAGUUCAAUACCCAGCCGACCAAUGUAAUUAAAUUUUCAGAUCCUCCAAGGAACCAUUUUCAGCAAUUUGGUUCAACACAAGGUCCUAGUGGUCAAGCUUUGGACCCAUAUAAAGUGACAUAUAAACCGUAUCAACCUUCUGUCCAGAAUAAUGGCUCGCCAAGCCAGGAGAUAGUGGGAAGUGACACGUUUGAAGGCCUGCAACAACAAUUUUUAGGAGCUAAUGAAACAGAUUGUGCAGAGAAUAUGCAGAUUGUUCAGCUUCGGGUUCUUAACAAAGCAAAAGAGAGACAGCUGGACAACUUAGCUGAGAAAUUAAAUGAAAGUGAACGUCAAAUCCGCUACCUGAAUCACCAGCUUCUGAUAAUCAAAGAUGAGAAAGAUGGUUUGACCCUCAGCCUUCGAGAAUCACAGAAGCUCUUUCAGAGUGGGAAGGAAAGGGAGAUACAGCUUGAAGCACAAAUCACAGCACUGGAGACCCAAAUACAAGCAUUAAAAGUCAACGAAGAAAAGCUGAUCAAGAAGUCCCGGACAACUGAAAUGGCUCUGGAGAGCUUGAAGCAGCAACUGUUGGACCUUCGUCACUCUGAGUCACUCCAGCGAGCCCGAGAACAGCACGAGAGCAUUGUCACGGGCCUCACGAAGAAGUAUGAGGAGCAGGCGUUGUCCUUACAGGAGAAUUUGGAUGCUACGGUUGCUGCCCUUAAGGAACAGGAAGACAUCUGCUCUCAUUUAAAAGACCACGUGAAACAGCUGGAAAGGAAUCAAGAAGCUACCAGAGUGGAGAAGACCGAGGUCAUCAGCAGGCUGUCGAGGAGCCUGGAGGAGACGCAGAAGCAGUGCGCCCACCUGCUGCAGUCAGGCUCCAUCCAAGAGGUGGCCCAGUUGCGGCUCCAGCUGCAGCAGGCACAGAAAGCACAUGUGCUGAGUGAAAACAUGAACAAGGCCCUACAGGCGGAAUUAACAGAACUAAAAGAUGAAAUUUCUCUCUAUGAAUCUGCUGCAAAACUAGGAAUACUCCCAAGUGACUCAGAAGGAGAAUCAAAUAUAGAACUUGGUGAAUCAUAUGUGGAUUUGGGUAUUAAAAAUGUCAACUGGAAAAAAUCCAAAGUUAACAGCACUGUGCAGCAGGAAGACCUUAAUGAGGAGCUUUCCAAGGAUGAGGUCAUCCUGAGGCUGAAGGCGGAUGUGCAGCGUUUGCUGGACAGCAACUCAGUGAAGCGUCACCUGGUGUCUCAGUUACAGAGUGACCUCAGGGCCUGUCACCAGGAAAUCGAGAAUCUCCAGCAAGUGAAGAAGGAUGGCAGGAGUGUGGAGGUUGAGAUGAAAAUUGAUACCUUAGAAAAACCAGUGACUCCGUUAUGGCCUGACUCUUCUUCUGAUGUGAUUGUCCAAGAUGAUGUUCUCCAGCUUAAAAAUGAAAUUCAAGUUUUACAACAACAAAAUCAGGAACUUAAAGAAGCCGAAGAAAAGCUGAGAAAAACAAAUCAGGACUUGUGUAGUCAAAUGAGACAAAUGCUACAGGAUUUUGACCGUGAUAAACAGGAAGUUGAGGAUAGCCGGGCGUGGCCUGAGAUUCUGCCCUCUGUUACUAGGUGUGAGCGGACUUACCAGCAGCACCACGAAGCCAUGAAAGCCCAAAUCCGUGAGAUCCUGUUAGCAAAGCACACUUUGGAGAAGCAGCAGCUCUUUGAGGCUUAUGAAGGGACUACCUUGCAACUCCGGUCUGACCUAGAUAAGACAAGCAAGGAGCUGGUUGCUGUGCAGGAAUGCUACCUGCAAGUGUGCAGGGAGAAGGACAACCUCGAAGCAGCUCUCAGGAAGGCCGUUGAGAAGGAACAGGAGGCCCAGGAGCAGGAGAGACAGCUGUUGGAAGAAAAAGAAGAACAUAUAAGCAACCUUCAGCUGGAACUUGAAGAGAAGUAUCAAGAAGCACUUGCAAUGGAAAAAAACAAGUGGCUGAAAGAGCAGGAAACUGCUAUUAAACGGCAGGUUGCAAACGAAGUAAUGUCAGCCAGAGCGCACUGGGAUAAGGAGCGGAAGGAGAUCAAACGGAAACUAAUCCAACAGCUGGAAAAGGAGUGGCAGGCGAAGCUGGAUGAAAGUAUAAAGGCAUCAUCGAGAAAGAAGACCUCAGAUUGCGGCAGCCAAACCGACCGCCCAGCCUCCCUGGAUGUCGCUUCCAAGACAGAGGUGGCUGCCGAGGGAGAAGAGCAGAGGCACAAGGUCCAGCGAGACUUAGGGCUCGAGAAGGAAACAGCCGUGAAGGGGGAUUUGAAGAAACUUGAAAUUGACCUGGAACUCAAAUAUUGUGAGAAUAUUGCCAAACAGGUAGAAACAGCUGUGCAAAAUGCUCGUUGUCGAUGGCUGGAAGAACUGCCAGAGCUCACAGAGUACAAAGCGCUCCUGAGAGCCGAGCGGAAGAAGUGGGAGGAGCAGCAGGAGGCCCUUGUUGCCAAGCGGCUGUUGUUUGCUGUGUCUGAAGCUAAAGAGAAAUGGAAAGGUGAGCUUGAAAAUACGAAGGAAAGUGUAAGCCCCGGGAAGGAACUGAAAGAGGAGAUCCGUUCUCUGCAGAGGGAGCUGGAGCUGAAAAACGAGGAGCUCCCUGUGGUCGUCAGGGCUGAGCUGGCAAAGGCGUGGAGUGAGUGGAACAGAGAAAAGCAAGAAGAAAUCCACAGAAUUCAAGAACAAAACGAGCAAGAUUACCGGCAAUUUUUAGAUGAUCAUCGAAAUAAAAUUAAUGAGGUGCUUGCAGCAGCUAAAGAAGACUUUUUGAAAGAAAAGGCUGAACUGCUUUUUCAGAAGGAGACAGAAUUACAAGCCUGUCUAGACCAGAGCCACAGGGAGUGGACGAUGCAGGAAGCCAGGCGGAUCCAUCUGGAAAUCCAGCAGUACGAGGAGGACAUCCUCACUGUCCUUGAGCUCCUACUAAGGGACACUCAAAAGGUGGAGGGCAGUGGCUCUGUGGACAGGCAGCUUCUGGAAAUCCCAUCGGCUUGUUCUUCGAAGUGGGUGUCUGUGCAGUAUUGUGAGAAACUGAAAGGCUGCAUUCGGAAAGCACUGCGAGAUGCACUUUCUUUACGUACAGAAAAUGCCAGGGCAGAAUGGGAAAAGAGGAAUACGGCUGAGCUCUCCACUGGCCCUGCCAGCGAGGACCCUGGCGGAGGAGACCCCAGGGUCCCAGUGACGCCUCCCGGACCCCACGCCCAGCCCGAGGCUUUGCCAGCAGCAGUGGCAGAAGCUGAUAAGAAAGAGACCCUUGAAAUUAAAGAUUUAUGCUGUGGACAGUGCUUGCAAGAACUUGAAAAGUCAAAGCAAGAAUGUCAAGACCUGAAAAGAAAACUGGAGAAAAGCUGUAGGCAUCUUCAGCAGUUAGAAAGGAAGCACAACGCUGUAGUGGAAGAAAUUGGAGAAGAGAAUACUAAAGUUGUUGAAGAAUUAAUAGAAGAAAACAACAACAUGAAGAAUAAAUUGAAAGAACUGCAAACACUCUGUAAAAUACCACCAAGGUCACAGUCUGAAGGGGCCCUGGAAAUUGCUUAUCGGCCUGGUAAUGAGCAGGCUUUGGAAGAGCUUCGUGGGCAGUACAUUAAAGCUGUGAAGAAAAUCAAGCGUGACAUGCUCCGCUAUAUCCAGGAGAGCAAGCAGAGGGCUGCAGCAAUGGUACAGGAAGAGGUGUUGCGAGAGCGUCAAGAAACCGCCAGAAAAAUGCGUAAAUAUUACUUGAUUUGCCUCCAGCAGAUUUUGCAGGACAGUGGAAAAGCAGAAGGGGCUGAGAAGAAGAUUAUGAACACUGCUAGCAAACUUGCUAUGAUGGCGAAGCUGCUGGAAACCCCAACUUCUCACAGACCCCCGAGCAAAGCAGCAACAGCACAACCAGAGAUGCUAGCUGAAGUUGGAAAAUCAAAAAGAAACGAUGCGAACCAGAGUACCCCGUGCUACCUUGAAAGUAAACCAAAGAGCGUAGCCUCUGUCCUCAGAAGCGAAUGUGAACAGGGCCCUAAGAAGGGGGCUACUUGUAACUUGCAAAGGCGGUUGGAGGCCUCGGAGCACAGAGACAGGAAGCGUGUGGGCUCCCAGGGGCCACUUCCGGACCUCCAUUUUGGGGACAGCCGUUGCAAGCAUGAGGACAGUUCUCAGAAGAGCAUUUCUCCUGAGUUCGCGCUGUGCAGGGGUGAAGGGGGCUCGGCUUUAGCCCGGAAGAGAGAGCUCGUCAGCGACACAGGCCCUGCCGCGUUUAUGCACGCAGCCGAACACCCUGUGCUCGGAGUCAGUGGAGAUAAACCCUCCCCUAGAUGCAGUCCUCAGCUUGCCGAAUCCGGGUCCACACUUGCGACCUUUCCAGAGUCUCACGAAAGACCAGGCUCCAGGGUGCGCACACCGCCGGGUCCAGGUGUGGGUGUUCAGGAAACUCCGGUGAAGGACCUGGGGGACCUCAGCGGCUCGUUCAGCUGGCUGUCAAACAGCACCACCUUACCCUGUCAUAGUCUCGAGUUGUCAUUCCUGUACGAUAGGCCGCAGGGAGCUCUGGAUGUACUGGGGGACUAUGUGAAGUUCAAACCCUUCUCGGCAGCCAGUUUCCUUUCAGAGACAGAGGGCGAUGGUCAGCCGGGCACACAUCGGCGAGACGGAGCCCCAGACCCGUCAGCAGCCGCGUGUUCCCAGCAGGGGACAGCGCGUGGGGCUCGUGGUCACGCGCCGCACCCUGGGGCUGCUCUGUCGAAGUCGGACCUCAGAACUCUGAGCAGUACCCCGCCUGCUCUGCCAGGCCAGCAGCCCUCCCGGCAGGUACCUGCUCACCUGUCCUGCCAACAGGACAGCGGCUUUGACAGCCCAUUCAUCAACCUGGGCUAAUUGUGCUGGAUUUAGAGUCACCAAUAUAUCAGCAAGAAAAUUGAAAGAGAAGACUUCAUACUGAAAAAAUUGUGGGCCCUGCCUACUCAGAUGUUUUCAUAACGUCUUUUCUUACGAGUAAAGUAUUCUCAUCAAACUACUUGAGAUAUUUAUAUUGCCCUAGUCUUCCACAGGCCGGACUGUGUAUGUGUAAUCUGCUUUUGUGUGGUGCUUGUAUUUGGCUGUUAAAUCAUCUAUUUUUAUACUUCAAAAUUGGCUCACACUGCUGUUUAUUUAAAUAAAAUUGCAUGUAAUCUGUA